AUAGCGUUCACACUCGAGAAUCGUUCCUGGAGAGCUUCAACGGAUACCGCUGCUGAAGUGCAGGGGACACCAGGUCUCACUCGCCCGGUCAAAUAGUGCAGCAGAUCAAUCUGAAAACUUUGCAGAGGCCUCCUAAGUACAAACUAGCGGCUCCAGGCCACAGGUUUAACGACGACGACGUCGUUCACGCUAGCGGCAGCCUGUGAUAGUGCAGCGACACCAUAUGCCAGGAGGCCCAGUAGCUUGCUUAAGUUGUAUUGGCGCCUGUGGAACAGCAGCAGUUGCAGUUCCCCUGCUCACGACAAUGGGGAGCCCCACGGCGUUCGGGAGCUCGCUGGCGACUCAUAUCAUCAACCCUCAUCCAGUCUCUGCAAUGGUUACAGCGUUAAAGCGAGUGAAGGGCGCUGCGAUGGACUCGGUCGCCGCGACGCAAUUUCUGGGCCCGCUCAUCGCGCAGUUGCCUUGUUGUUGCGAGGCGCUGGAGCGCAUUCUCAGUACCUUCGGCUGGGCGGGCGCGCCGGUGGGCGGCUUCACACGUGCUGUGGACCUGGGCGGACUGUGCUUGGCCCUGGAGAAGCACUUGUACUCGCGAGUGUCAGAGCUCGGCAGGGGCAUGUACGGCACCGUCUGGUGUGUGGUCAAUCGCGAGACUGGCAAGCAGUACGCCCUCAAGCAGGUGGCCAACGGUGCGUACGGCAUGACGGAAGCCACGUUGCGGGAAGUCUCCUGCCUACGAGAGCUUUCAGGCUGCCCAAACAUCGUCGGGCUGCAGAGCGUUAUGACCUGCCCCUCCGCCCGCUCCACCUACCUGCUUAUGGACUUGCUGGACUGUGACCUGCACACAUUCUUGGAACACGCGCCCAUCGCUUCCGAGCUGCGGGUAAUCAAGUCCAUCAUGUUCCAGGUGCUCAGUGGGCUGCGGCAUGCACACGCCAACUCCGUCAUGCACCGUGACCUGAAGCCGCAAAACGUGCUGCUGGGCGUCACGCCCUCGCCGCCGGCCGGGACCCCGAGCGUCGUUGUCAAAAUUGCGGACUUCGGCCUAAGCCGCGGCUUCGUGCCGGAGCCCGCCGAGAACGCCCACACCGACUGGGUCGUGACACUCUACUACCGCGCCCCCGAGAUGCUGCUGGGGUCCAAGAGCUACGGCCCCGGUGUGGACGUGUGGAGCGCGGGCUGCGUGCUGGCGGAGCUUCUCAACGUGUCGCCGAUGUUUAAGUCGGACUGCGAGGUGGGGCUGCUCUACGACAUCUUCCAGAAAAUGGGCACGCCCACGCCAAAGACCUGGCCCGACCUGCCCGCGCACGCCAAUUUCUCGCCCGAGUUCCCGCUCUGGCCCGGCCAGCCGCUGGAGAAGCUGGUGCCACGGCUGGCAAGCGAUGCUGCCGGGGCGGACCUCCUGAAGCGCAUGCUGUCCAUCAACCCGCGGCGUCGCCUGACCGCGUCGCAGGCGAUGCAGCACCCCUGGUUCGAUGAGGUGCGGGCUUUGGCGCAGCAGGGCGCGGGUACCAGUGUCGCCACGGCGGUGCACGCCCGCAGGGCCUGAAAAGCGACGAUCCAGCAGUGCGGGCCCUUGCCGGCGGCGGCCUGCCACGCACGGUCAGUGCGUCAGCUCUUCGAGGAUCAAUGUUCUGCUUAGAGGCAUCUGCCUUCGAACCAACAAACGAACGGACUUAACACAAACAACAUCAAUGUCACGUGCUUAUCGAGGACCAUUGCCCCGCGCAAGAACUUGCAGGGAGCGCAGGGCAGCCGUCCAUCACCGUGUGAGUGAGCGCAGCGGGCACAUGAGCACGGUGAAAUGGUGUGAACACGUACAGGACCAUUCCGAAGAUGUGAAUCCAUGAAGGAAAAGCAGCUAGCAGCCUGGUUUGGUCACGCUAGCUUCAGCCAGACAGGCGAUGUUGCGGAGCGAGCAUCGGUGCGCCGAAGCGCGAACCUGUAUGUAGUACUGGAGAACCGUUAUAUGUGCGGCUACAUAAGUCGAGUCCGCUGUAGUGCGUCAGUCCAUGGGUUAGAGCAUAAGCCAGGAGGGAAGUGAUGAGGUGUGUGAAGAGGGGGUGCUUGUCCGUGGCCCACCAGCCCGGACGUUUUUACACGUGCAUAUUCUUAUCGUUAAAUUGACAUAGGCUGGUCUUUGUAUGAGGUCUCGUUGCAACCAAUAGGGAGUUGUCGUUCAGGAUGGGAUAGGUUAUUAUUUUUGUGCGGUGCUGAGGGAUUGCCCAUGGACUGGCGGUCCAUGGAACCUUGGAAUCGCGCAGAGUGGAUUGUGCUGACUAGGCAAUGACUGGAGUACAUACGCGUGUGGGUACCGUAUGGAUAGCGCCCGGCACCGCGCUGCUGGAGGAAGGCAGUCAUCCUACUGUGUGUACCUUGAGCAGCGGUUGUGUUUUGUGCUCGUAUAUAGGCUCCGCCUGCUGUACGUGUGUCGGCAUGCCGGCUGCAGGUGGGGGUCUGGUCUGCUGCGCACUGACAUUCUGGCAGGUCUCUGAAUGGAGGUAGCCGCCCGCGUAAGACUGGAGUGAAAAAUGUGGGGUCGGUAUAUCAAGUUACACAACCAUAUCUUAAAUGCUCGUACCACUUUUGUUGUGGUCGGGCACACCCUGCUGGAUACUGACCGGACACCUUGAUGGGUUUGGUUGCGGGCCUGGCACCUGUUGGUAGCAUGGCUGCCUGCGGGAGCUCAAUACUCUGAACUCAAAACCGGUGGCUGUGGCGGAGCACCAUGUGUGCGCCCUCCCCGGACGUAAUAUGCUCGACGGCGGCGUGGGCGCAUUUGUUUGUAUUUGUGCUUUUACGAACUCUGUGCCUCGAACUCUGUGCCUCGAACUCUGUGCUCCCCCUUCGGCGUGCGCACGCGCAAGUCCUGGGAUACGGUAUCGUUAUCCAUGAACCGCCACUUGCGGGUGCGUCCUCUAUCUAUUGCCCGCUACACGGGCAGGCAUAUGUUUUCCCGGUGUUUUUGGAUGCGUGGAUGUCGUUUGUCGUUUCUUUCGAUGUCGUGUUGCUGUUGUUGGUUCUCAUGGUGUCACAUCGGGAUUUUAGGCUGUUUCUGCGUCCGGUCAACUUUGGCGUCCGGCUGAUCGCGCCUCAAACGCUGGUUGGCAAGAAGCAGGGGUGGCGAGAGACGUGCAUCCCAAGUGUGCUUGGGCAGUUUGAUGGGUACGUUGGUUUUGACUGCUACGUGCUACUCUGGGUGCACGUGGCUUAAGGUUGUGUGUCAGCUUCCGUGUUGAUUUCUGUGUGUUCCGUGUCCGUGUGUUGUUAGGGCUGAGUGUGUACCAAGUUUUUUGGCGUGUGGGCGUACCAACAUGUCGCGCGCAGGCGCGUUGUUCGUAUGUGAGAUUGUGUCCGCGGUAUGGGAGAAUGUAACUCACACUUCGG